AUGGCGCUCCAGACCCCCAAGCAACGCGCAGCGAACCUGCGGUUCGCCAAGGCCAACGAGAAGAAGGUCGGGAAGAAGAAGAAGACAGGCAGCAAGACCGAGUACCCGAUCUCCAAAACGUGGAUACUCGUGCUGCUGUUCCUGCUGGUGGGCGGUGGCGUCCUCGAGCUGGUGUCGCUGCUGUUCUAG